AUGUUUAAUACUAGAAACACAUUCAAGCCAAGGUAUGGUAAGAAUAAUUCAAUAUUACCAUUACCUGCUAAUUUCAAUAGUAUAACAAAAAGAAAAAAUAUUUCAUUUAUAAUCAUAACAUUUCUAAUAAUAUGGUAUUUUAUAAAUCCAUAUAGUUGGAUAAUAUCAUUAUUUAAUAGAUCAACAAUACCACAUUAUCCACAACAACAUCCAUAUUCAUCAAGGUUUUUUAUAGAACAAAAUUCAAAAUAUAUUUAUCCACCAAUUGAACAUGCACCAACUUUAAAUCAAAUAACUCCACAAAAAUUAAUAACUUCAAUAAAACAAGGUGAUAGAACAAUAUUAAAAUCUUUAAAUUAUUUAGAUAAUCCAGAUCCAACAGUACAAAAAUUGAAAGAAGAUGAUGAAAAUUCUAAAGAUCAAUUAAUGAGAGUUAAAAAUUUUUUCAAGAAUCAAGAUAAAAUUAUAUAUAAAUCAAAAAAUUCAAACAAUUAUCCAAAAGUUAUUAUAGUAACUGCAGUAGAUUUUGAAAAAUAUUCAGUUGAUUCAUUAGCUAAAAUUGUUCAAAAUAGAGUAGAUUAUGCUCAUUUUCAAAAAUAUGGUAUAUAUGUACGAUGGUCACAAGAGUUUAUACCACAAUUAGGAUCAUUUGAUUCUUUAAAACACUCGGAAAAAUCAAAAUGGAUAAGAUUAUUUUGUUUAAGAGCUGCAAUGUUUGCAUUUCCUGAUGCAAAAUGGUUUUGGUAUUUAGAUCAAGAUAGUAUGAUAUUAGAUUUAACAAAAAAUAUUGAGGAGAUACUAUUAAAUGAAAAUUCUUUAAAUCAAUUAAUGAUUAGAGAUCAACCAUUAAUUCCCAAGAAUGGUGUUAUAAAAACUUAUAAAAAAUUAAAAUCUGAAAAUGUUAAAUUAAUUUUAACUCAAUCAAAAGAUAUGAUUGAAACUAUUUCAUUUUUAAUCAAAAAUGAUGAUAUUGGUAAAGCUAUUAUUGAAAUCUGGUCAGAUAAUCUUUAUUUUAAAUAUGCAAAUUUUCCUUAUGGACCUGAUUCUGCAUUAACUCAUAUUUUACAAUGGCAUCCUUUUAUAUUAAGUAAAACUGUUUUAGUUCCAAGAAAAUCAAUAAGUUCUGAUCACUUAUUUAAAAAUGUUAAAAAACCUCAACAACCAAAUAAAGAUUUAGAUUAUGAAGAUGGUGAUUUUGUUGUACAAUGGAAUAAAUGUAAAGGUGAAGAAUGUGAAGAAUUAACAAAAUAUUAUCAUAGUAAAAUAAAAAAACAAAAGAACUAA